AUGGCAGAACGGGUCCAACCACAGCGAGUCAACGUAGAUGCCGUACUGGCUGAACAUGCCACAUUGCCGCAAGAACAGCCUCCAGCACAGCCCGGCCUUAAUGGUGAUGCUCCCGUCGAUGUUGCUCCCGGCGUCGACAAUGCCACGCCAGCUCAGGUUCAGGUACAUUUCUUUUCUCCUAACCAGUGUAACGUUCUUCGUUCGCCGGUUAUUUGGGUGCACGAUGUGUGUAUUCGAAUGUGCUGUCCAGACCUUUACAGUUUAGUCCUCUGUUUGCACAGAUUCUUCCUUUUCCAGUACAUGCCAACGAGUUUUGUCUUACAUCUGGUCGGUUGCGGUGUUAUAGCUCAGUUCCUGUCAUGCUUCUGUCUAUCGAGAGGGGCAAACUUAGUACGUCUUUAUACGCUGUCUCAGGACGGAAUUCUUGUGUUCGGAGGCUGGCGGGACGCUGAGUUGGCCGCUGCAUGGGUUUAUUUUUAUAACUUUCCCAGCUCGGGUAAGGAUAGUCGCUCAUAAUUUCGACUGGCGCUUUCCAUCAUACAGAUCUAUGCUUUUAGGCGUGUUUAUGUACAGUACACUGCCUUCGGCUCUUUAAUCAAGCGAUUAUAUACCGAAUAAUACCGAAUGAGAUUCAUUUAUGCUUUUGAAUAAAGCGAUUAGGUCGCACUUGGUCCUUUUAUGCUGUUGGAUUACGCGGUUGUACGAAAUUUAUAUGUUUGAUUAAACUCAAUACAGACUUUAUGUCUUGGAAUAAGGCGCUUUUACAGACCGAGACUCUUUUAGGCCUUUUCAUAAGGCUAUAUACAGCAUAAGACCACUUAGGCUUUUGAAUACAGCGAGUCCCUGGACUGUGAUUUCAGCUAUGCUUUUGAAUAAGGUGAUUGUAGGGCAUGUGUUUACAGUUAUACGUUUGAAUAAAGCGAUUGUAGGGGUUUCGGUUAUAUGCUUUUCGAUAACACGAUUGUAGGGAUUGUGUUUUCAGUUAUGCUUUUCGAUAAAACACUUGUAUGGAACGUGUUUUCUGUCACGCUUUUGACUAAACUAACGCGAUUGUAUGUACUGCAGUGUUUUCAGUUAAGCCGGUUUUCCACUAGGCGGAAUUUUGCGCGCGGAACGGAAUUUUUCUUUGUUUUGUGAUUUCUCGGGUGGAACUAAUUAGUAAAGAUAAAGAAAAUUUACGCUGCGCGCUCAAAAUUCCGCCUAGUGGAAAUCGAGCUUAACGCUUUGAAUAAAGCACUUGUAUGGCAUGUGUUUUCCGUUCGGCUUUUCAAUAAAGCGAUUGUAUGGAGUGUGUUCCAGUUAUGCUUUUGAAUAAAGCGAUUCUAUAGAAUGUGUUUUCAGUUAUGCUUUUGCAUAAAGCGAUUGUAUGGAAUGUUUUUCGGUUAUGCUUUUGAAUAAAGCGAUUGUAUGGAAUUGGAUUAUGUUUUCAGUUAUGCUCUUGAAUAAAGCGAUUGUACGGAAUGUGUUUUUCCGUUCUGCUUUUGCAUCCAGCGAUUGUAUAGAAUGUGUUCCAUGCGUUUUUGUUUUUUUGGGGUUUUUUUUUUCUGUGUUGGUGUUGUGUACUCAGGUGAAUAAUAUGUUUCAUGCAGGAAUAAAUGGAGUUAGGCAUGCAGUUAGGCAUUGAAUAAAGCUAAGCGAUUCUAUGGACUGUGUUUUCAGUUAUGCUUUUGAAUAAAGUGAUUGUAUAGAAUGUGUUUUCACCUAUGCUUUUCAAUAAGGCGAUUGCAGAGAAUGCGUUUUUCAGUUAUGCUUUUGAAUAAAGUGAUUGCAGGGCAUGUGUUUCAGUUAUGACGUUGGAUAAAGCGAUUGUAUGGACCGCGCUUUCAGUUAUGCUUUUGAAUAAAGCGAUUGCCGGGAAUGUGUUUUUCAGUUAUGCUUUUGAAUAAAGCGCUUGUAUGGAAUGUUUUUCAGUUAUACUUCUGCAUAACGCGAUUGCAGGAAAUGUCUCUCAGUUAUGCUUUAUUUAACCCUAUUUGUACCGGGGAUUUUUCAUGUUGAUAUGACCGGGGGUGCGCUGAUAGGGCGCACCCCUCAGAAAUUCUGCUGAUUAACUGCCAUUAUCCAAUAAGUUAUAUUUUUAUUAAGUUUUAUCUUUCUUUAACCUAAAAAUAACAAAAAAGUUUAAUUUACAUCCAAAAUGCUGUUUUUUCGCACCGUUGGAUACGACCGCCUAUGAAAAAACACCCGUGUCACAAACUCUCAACAGGUAUUACCGAAAAUUUCUCAAUUGAGAAAUGAGGUAUUACCGAUGUCAGAUGAUCAUCUCCGCCAUCUACUUAUUCUAUUACGCAAUUAAUGUGUACGUGUUUGCAAAAUUGCAAAUUACGUCAUUUUAUACAAAAUGGCUGCCGAGUCGAAGGAGUGAAUGAUUUAUUUUAUAAUUUUAGGUUUGUUCUUGGAAACAAAGACUGGCUCAGAACAUCGAGUUGUAA